AUGCCAAAAACGAGAAAUUUUGAAUGCAAUAUUUGUUAUAAUGAUGUGCCCGUCGUCGAUUUCAUGAGAACAAGUACCAAAUGUAAUCACAGAAUAUGCAGAGAAUGCCUCAACAAAAAUAUUAAUACUCAACUGAAUUCAAAGGGUAAUACUGAAAUUAAAUGUUUAAAGAGUAAUUGUGAGGUCUUGAUGGAUUAUGAAGACAUGAAGCGAGUUGCCAGUGAAGAUUUGUUUGAAAGAUAUGAAUAUCUUUGUCUUCGUCAAGCUAUACGAAAAAUGCCAGAUUUUCGAUGGUGCUCAAAUCCGGAAUGCGGUUCAGGACAAGAACAUUUUGAACGAGAUAAAGCACCAAUAAUGGUUUGUAUUGAAUGUGAAAAAAUGACUUGUUAUAAACAUGAAGUUCCAUGGCAUGAAGGCCGCACCUGUGCUGAGUACGAUAUUGAGAAAGGAACUCCUGAAGGUGCCACGAGUUAUGCCAUCGAACGCGAUACCAAACCUUGCCCCAAAUGUAAAGUUAGAAUUUAUAAAACGGGAGGAUGUACUCAUAUGAAAUGCACUAAUCCCGGAUGUUAUUAUGAAUUUUGUUGGUUGUGA